AAAAUGAGGACAAAUGGGCCGGGCCACGCCUAUACGCGACCAUAAUUCACAAUGGCUCGUUCCCUACAGCCCAAUCUAAUAUUGGGCCACCGUCCUCUCCGACAUCUCGCUCUUCCGAUCAACUCUCUCUCGCGUCCCCUCACAUAACUGUAAAAAUUACACACACAGUUAACGUAUUUCUGUGUGUUUUCCUCCAUUUCCACCUCAUUGAUUGUACCUCCAGGCUCCAGACUGCCAAAAAGUGAGCAGCAAAAUGAUGCAAUCUCAACCUACUAGCGAAGACGACGACUGCGAAAAUCUAAUAACCAAUGGCGGGGGUCGGAAUGAUGGACGGAAAUCCCCGGAUCACCGUGCUCGAUCCACUUUUCGAAUUGGCGGCGUCUCCGGAAGUGCGUCCUCCGGCGCAUCAAACAGGUUCGGUAAGUGGUGUAUUUUCGCGAUAAUUCUUCUUUUUUCGAUCUUCGUUCUGUAUUUUGCCACCGAUGUGAAGGAUUUUUUCCGGGCGCGCACGUCCUGGGGUGAAAAUCUAGUGAAUAGUAAUGCGUCGGUUAGCCGGAUGCGUGAGUCGGAGUUGCAGGCUUUGCAUUUGCUCAAGCAGCAGGAAGUUGAGCUCUUAAAGAUGGUGAACAGAUCAGAAAUUAGUUUCUUAAAUGGUAAUAGUAAUGUAGAUGGUGCUGAUUUGCUUUCGUCAUCGGUUUUGGAAGACUUGAAAUCUCGUGUUUCUAGCCAGAUUUCGUUGAACAAGCAAAUCCAAGGUGUUCUGUUGUCAUCCCACGGAAAUGGGUCUCUGGAUUCUGAUGAGAACUACACAAACACUAGUGUGUUGGGUUGGGAUAUGUGCGGUAAGGUGGACCAGAGAUUAUCUGAGAGGAGAACUAAAGAAUGGAACCCUAGACCUGACAAGUAUUUGCUUGCUAUAUGCGUUUCGGGGCAAAUGUCGAAUCACUUGAUAUGCUUGGAGAAGCACAUGUUUUUUGCGGCUAUGCUUGACCGAGUUUUGGUGAUUCCAAGCGCGAAAGUCGAUUACGAGUUCAGUAGGGUAAUAGAUAUAGACCAUAUCAAUAAUUGUUCAGGGAAAAAAGUUGUGGCGACAUUCGAUGAAUUUGCCGAGAGUAAGAAAAACCAUAUGCAAGUAGAUAAAUUUUUGUGUUAUUUCUCGUUGCCACAGCCUUGUUUUCUGGAUGAUGAUCAUGUGAAGAAAUUAAAGGAUUUGGGGCUAUCGUUGAGUAAGAUUGAGACUGUUUGGGAGGAAGAUGUCAAGGAGCCAAAAAAUCGUACGGUCCAGGAUGUUUUAGACCGGUUUUCUUCAGACGAUGAUGUUAUUGCAAUUGGGGAUGUAUUCUUUGCCAACAUCGAGACAGAGUGGGUGAUGCAGCCAGGUGGUCCUAUUGCACAUAAAUGCAAGACUUUGAUCGAGCCAAGUCGUUUUAUUUUGCUCACGGCUCAACGUUUUGUUCAGACAUUCUUGGGGAAGGACUUUAUAGCUCUUCAUUUCCGGCGCCAUGGUUUCUUGAAAUUCUGUAAUGCCAAGAAACCGAGUUGCUUUUAUCCUGUUCCUCAAGCAGCCGAGUGCAUCAAUCGAGUGGUUGAAAGAGCAAAUAGUCCGGUUAUAUAUCUGUCAACAGAUGCUGCUGAAAGUGAGACCGGUUUGCUGCAGUCACUUGUUGUCUGGAAUGGGAAGACUGUUCCGCUUGUUCAAAGACCGGCUAGUAAUGUAGCUGAAAAGUGGGAUGCUUUGUUGUACAGACACGGGCUCACUGGGGAUUCCCAGGUCGAAGCAAUGUUGGAUAAGGCCAUAUGUGCUUUGUCCAAAGUGUUUGUCGGGUCUCCUGGAUCCACUUUCACUGAGGAUAUCUUGCGGCUUCGAAAGGACUGGGGUUCGGCUUCGUUAUGUGAUGAGUACUUGUGCCAGGGUGAACUGCCUAAUUUUAUAGCUGAAGACGAAUGAAGGUUGAACAUUAUUCUCUUUUUCUUCUGAAAAUAGUUAACACGAUUAGUACAGAGUAAACGCGUGCUGCUGCUUUUUAUGGCUGUUGGAAUGAGCAAAAGGAUGGUCAAAGAGGAUUUGCUAUGCCCAAUAUUUAGUAACUACACAGAAUACUUUUUGUUGAUCACUCGGUUAUGCUGCUAUGAAUGAUGGAACGAGUUGUCCAUAUUAUCUCGAUUUUAUGCAGCACGGUUUGGACACGAUUAAAUUGCUGCUUUCAGGGAAGGGAUUACUUUGCAAGCCUGGAAAUCUUCAAUGCAUGUGUUUGUAGCUGAAGAGAUGACACAAAUGUCAGCCCUUGAGCAAUUUUCAUUUUCAUUUUUUUAUUUUUUAUUUUUU